AUGCAUCAGCCCGCGGAUACCGACCGCGAGGAGGCCCCUAGGUCACCCAAACCUGCGAAUUCAAUCUUCACCAUGGAAGCAAGAGAAGGGAGAAUCGGAAACGCGUUUGCUUGCGAAAGGUGCAGAAAGCACAAAGUGCGCUGCGUCCCCUCUGACACAGCUGGCCUUUGCCAAAGAUGCCAGAAAGCAAGAGUCGAAUGCAUCGAACAUGUUGCGCGCAGAAGACCAGCAAAAACAAGAGGCGAUGUCCAACCACCUACUAGGCUGCGCGACUUCGACAAAAAGCUGGACAAACUGUCUACAGUUAUGGCAACGAUGGCGCCGGCUCCCGCGCACUCUACACUGCCUUCGGUGACUACCGUACCCUCGCAUAUUAUUGAUGCACCUCUACGAACUUCUCCGCCGGCACUUGUUACGCCCGUAUCAGCACCCCCGGUCCACACGCCAAUCCUACCUGCGCCUGCGCCUGCUUCUGGGACUGAGAACUCACUACCAUUUUGGGACUCUAUCAGUGAGACGCUGGCUUGUUUGGGUCGAUUAGAUCCUGUCAUUCGCACUAUCAGCCUCGGGCACAUGCAGAUGAUGCUUGACACCUACCAACGCAUGGUGGACUUCUUCCCAUUCGUGACUUUGCCAAAGGAUUGCUCCUGCCAAGAGCUGGUGCUUCAUCGGCCCGUCCUGAUGUUGGCUGUUCUCACCGCGGCGUCUUACGAAUCCUCAUCGCUUCAGCUGACACUAAGCCGAGAGUUUCGCAAAGUUGCCAUGGUCAAGAUAUUGAACGGAGAAAAAAGCUUGGAUCUACUUCAAGGACUACUCAUAUUCAUCGCAUGGCAUCAUCACUACAUGGACGCUCAGGCCGUCUCAGUGCCCAUGCUGUUACAUAUGUGCGUCGGCAUUGCAAGCGAUCUCGGCUUGGACAGGAUAUCUACCUCAGUACGAAGUCCGCUUCACCGGGAAGAUCCGAGCAAUAGAGAGGCGAAGCGUGCUUACCUGGGCUGCUAUUAUCUGGCCUCUAACAUAGGUCUGAUCGAGUCGGGCAAAAGCCGCUGCAUGUCAUACUCAGCCACUCUUCGAAACUAUGCUUCCGAUCUAGCAUCUUCCUGGGAACAAAAGACUGAUUCUGUCCUGCCGAUCUUUGUCGACGUCUGCCAGUUCAUGGAGGACGUAGAAGAGACUUUCCAGGGGCGCUGUGAACAAGCGCUAGUUGCGCGCUCACAAGUCAAGCGUCUAAGUGACAAGUGGGAUCACAUUCGGUCAGCUUCGAAGUUGCAAGCGAAUGAUUACAAAACGCUACAAUGGAUCCAGCUGGCUGCGCGGAUACACCUUUACAAGAUAGCUGCGGCAGUCGACCUUCUUGAUCGAGAAAGCGCACCAUGGGCAUCGGGCUUCCAACUCUCCUUACGUGUGACCUGCCUCCGCUCAAUAGAGCAGUUUCUCGACAACAGCAUCCAGCUUUCAACCGCGCAGUAUGAAUUCAUCUCGCUGGUAGACUGGCUUAACCUUGUAUCUGGCAUCAUCAGUCUGGGUAAGUUGGGGCUGCACUCUUCGCCUCUACCUGGCUGGGAUCCGGUCGAACUACAGAUCACUCGAACGUUUGAGUACUUCCGCGAUCAUCUUUCAUCGCAGAUGCCACGUCAACGCGAGAACCAGGACAACAACGAGAAUGCGUUCGAACGUCCGAACGGUAGCACAUUCGAACUCGCAACAGGAUCCGGGCGGACGGUGUCGUUGUUGCAAGAUCUGUCACUACCCAAGAUCAAGAGUAUGGGCAAUGGAACAGAAAAGCUGCCCAGUCUGUGGAAGAUUAAUCCAUCUCUGGAUAUGAACAGCAAUGAGUUCCACUGGAAAUUCCUAAUGGGAACUGUCUGA